CGGCGGGCGCGCGGCGCCCAUCGCGGCGGCCGCGGCAUCGUCGGAGAAGAAGGACGAGAAGGGCAAGAAGGCCAAGAAGAAGUUCAUCCCCCCGUGGGCGCAGCCCUGCGGAGGCCCUUGCCCAAACCACGGCUACACGUGCGUGCAGAAGGCCGACAAGAGCUACUCGCAGUGCCUGGACUGCUCCGACGCGGGCAACUACAAGUUCGACUGCACCGCAUACGACAACGAGUUGCGCCUGGCCGCAAUAGAGCAGUGCGGCGCUUCCUGCGACCUGGCCCCGCCCGUGCCGUCGUGCGUGCUGGGCCCGUUCAUGAAGUCGGACUACUCCUCCGAGGAGUGCGACGACCAGCCCGAUCGUUCGGUGAGGCUUCGGUGCAAGUCGAAGGAGCGGGACAACUGUGGCUCGCGCCUCUCCUCCCACGGCCACACGGGGAAAGGCGUGUACGAGGUGACCAUGCAGGGUGCAUACGGCGAGGGCAUUGUGACGACGUGGUACCUCGACACUUUCGGCAGGCUCACCAGCGACAAGAUCCUUUGGAAUGAGGUCAAGUUCGAGAUAUGGGGCAGGGAGUGCGACGACGACGAGAGCAGGAUCCUUACCAGCUAUCGGGUGGCGGGGAGCAACAAGACGUUUGACAAGAUAGUGACAGUGGACUUCGACGCGUGCGACGACUGGCACACGUACACCAUCGUGCUUGGAGGCAACAUCAUCGGGUGGAAGAUCGACGGCAAGAUAGUACGGCGGCAGGACAUGAGCGAUUAUGACGACUUUUUGCGCGACGUCGAGAACGACGGUUUCGAGGUUCAUGCCGCCAUGUGGGGGCAAGACGAUGAGAAGACGUUCGACGAGGGCAUCGGCUCCAUGGCAAUGAACGACGAGGACUUCCCCCUCUACGCCUGGUUCGCCAACCCUCGCAUUCCGGACAUGGACGAGGGGAGCAAGGCACCGUACCAGUGGGUGUUCGACCCGAGCGCCCACGUGCGUUGA